UCCCCAAUGUCCCCGUUCCGGGAAGCCCCCGCAUUCCGGAACGGCGACGCCUGCGACGCUGACCCGAUCCACAUUGCUAUGACACUCGAUGCAAAUUACCUCCGCGGCACCAUGGCCGCUGUCUUGUCCAUCCUCCAGCACUCCACCUGCCCGGAAAACGUGCGCUUCCAUUUCCUCUGGUCUCGGUUUGACGCGGAGAUCUAUUCCAGCAUCCGCUCCACCUUCCCUUACCUCAAUUUCAAGGUCUACCGCUUCGACGCCAACCGGGUCCGGGGCAAGAUUUCGAAAUCCAUCCGGCAGGCCCUCGAUCAACCACUCAACUACGCCCGAAUCUACCUAGCCGAUAUCAUUCCCGUGAGCGUGAAGCGCGUCAUCUACCUCGACUCCGACUUGGUCAUGGUGGACGACAUCGACAAGCUCUGGAAAGUCGACUUGGACGCCAAGGUCCUGGCCGCGCCCGAAUACUGCCACGCCAAUUUCACCAAGUACUUCACCGACGCCUUCUGGUCAGACCCGGCAUUGUCUAAAACUUUCUGGGGAAGAAAACCCUGCUACUUCAACACGGGGGUGAUGGUGGUGGACGUCGACAAAUGGCGGCAAGGGAGGUACACGACGAAGGUGGAGGACUGGAUGGCGGUGCAGAAGCAAAAGCGGAUCUACCAUCUGGGUUCCUUGCCGCCGUUCCUGCUGGUUCUUGCCGGGAACAUCAAGGCCAUCGAUCACAGGUGGAACCAGCACGGUCUCGGCGGCGACAACAUUCUAGGAAAAUGCCGGAGCUUGCAUCCCGGGCCGAUCAGUCUUCUUCACUGGAGCGGCAAGGGGAAGCCAUGGCUGAGGCUGGAUUCCAGGAAGCCCUGCACAGUAGACUAUCUCUGGGCUCCUUACGAUCUCUACCGUUCUUCCAAGCACACUUUUGACGAGUAG